AUGAAAAAAAGUAAUGAUUCACCUACGCCACCACCGGCUAAUUUAACAUCAAUACCAGAUCCCAAAAAGAUUCUUGUAAAACCAGCCCCGGCUGCCAAACUAGUUCCUACUAAGAAAAUGAUUCCGGCUCCUCCCAGACCUAAAGUGGCUCCCGCUUCCCCCAAAACGGAACCUGUCGGCUCACCAUCUGAAGACAAACCGGCAGCUCCGGUUAAACCGUCUGCGAUAAAAGCAACAUCUGAAUCAGUUACUCCGGUCAGUCAGGGAUCAUCCUCUCCACAAAGUCAAAGAAGCCCUGCAACUUCCAAGAGUCUUUUUCCGGCCAGAUCGAACGGACCGGCUCCAAUUCCGCCAAAAACUGUACCGGUAGUUACCCCAAACUCUGCAGCCAGACCGGCAGUACCUCCAGUAAUACCGAUGACACCUGGAUCAGUUCCUCCACAGAGUGGCCCUGCAACUUCCGCCAGUUCUCUUCCGGCCAAACGGACCCAAGCGGCACUGAUACCACCAAAAAUUGUACCGGCUGUUGUCCCAAACUCUGUAGCCAGACCAGCAGAGGCUUUAGGUAAACCGUCCACGGUACCUGAAAUAUCUUCGUCCAAGGCGACUUCCGCUGGGGCUCCAAAGCUUCCGGUCGCUAAUGAACCACAAUCAGAUGGUCUUACUGGUGGCGGGAAAGAAGAACGGACACCUAAGCAGCCCAAAAUAUCUUCAAACAAGAUUUCCUGGAAAAAGAUAUGCAGAAAUACCCUAUUGUUUUUCUUUUGUUGUUGUCUGCCGUAA